UAAUAUAUAAUUAUAAAGAAUCUGUGAUAAAGAUAAUUGCAAAAAUGACCAACUCAAAGGAAGAUCUGGAAAAAACUAGGGAGCUCAUCACUGAGCAGAGCAUGAAGGAUUUGCUAACAAAGCAAUUGGAAGUCGUUGGCAGUGGCGGCGCAUUUGUGUGGGCUAUCUUCUUUCUGUGCGUCACGCCAAACAUUUUGAACGGUUUCCAUGUGUCGUCCUACACGCUGCUGGGCCAUCUGCCCGAUGACCAGUGGUGCGGCAUUGAUGCACUGCAGCCCACCAACUGGACUCUGGCGGAGAAGCGCAGUAUUAGCGAAUAUGAACUGGAGUCUGGCGGCUGUACCAUCUGGGAUUGGGACUACGAGCACCUGAGUCGAAUGUCCUACUCGUCGGCACUCAACUACACGCGGCACAUGGCUCUGAUCAAUAAGCCCACCGUGGUGUCCUGCAAGACCAAGGGCAGCUACGAGUACGCCGAGCCGGAGACAACGUUCGUGGCCGACUGGGAGCUCACCUGUGAGCGAAGCAUUCAGCGCACCUCCGCGCAGGUGGCCCUGUCACUGGGCAAGUUCUGCGGCUCCUUCAGCUUUGGCAUAUUGGCCGACAAAUUUGGUCGGAAGACGUCGUUUACGUUGGGCGCCGCCUUCUUCAUUGCCGGCAGCAUCUUCUGCACCUUCACGCCCUGGUACAGCGUCUUUCUGAUUGGUCGCUUUGCCCUGGGCUCAGCCUCGUCCGGCCUAUUCUAUCCCGCAUUUACAAUGAUUGUGGAGAAUAUUUGCCUGAAGCAUCGCACCUGGAUGUCCAUUGCCUUCUCUGCCUCGUAUCCUGUGGGCAUGAUCCUGCUGGCCAUCGUGGGCUAUCUGAUCCAGCCCUGGCGCUAUCUGCAACUGGCCUUGACCAUACCCUCACUGCUGCUCAUACUCAAUUGCUAUUUGAUGAAUGAAUCGCCGCGUUGGCUUAUAACGAAGCAGCGCUACAGCCGUGUCUACCAAAUCCUUUUCGGUCAGCCCAGCCAUUAUGAUAUUCAGCCCGCGAUUGCGACAGCCACCGAAACGUGCAGCGAUAAGAAGACGUUGGAAUCCGCCACGAAUGAUACGCUUGUAGAAAAGCUAAAGAAUGGCCCACUCAAGUCAAUUAUUGAGCUCUUUGCCAAUCCGAAGGUGCGCCGUUACAUAUUCACGUCGUACUUCAUGUUCUGUGUCACCUCACUGAGUUACUAUGUAACGGCUCUGAACGCCGCCAAUUUCUCGGUCAGUCGCUACCUGUACAUUGUGGCCACAGGUGUCGUGGAUAUACCGUCGUACGUGGUGCCUGUGAUAAUGCUGCGGUACACGGGUCGUCGCAUCACCACCAUGUUCCUCUUCAUGUUGACGGGCGUCUCGCUGCUGCUGGUGCUGUCCGUGCCCGCUGGCAGCACCACGUGGAUCGUAUCGUUUGCAAUGCUGGGUCGGUUUGGCAUCAGCGCCACCUACUCGGUGGUGACGCUCUACACGGCUGAACUGUAUCCCACAGAGAUACGCAACUCGGCGCUGGGCACCUGCUCGACGUGGGCGCAUGUCGGAUCCAUAUCAGCGCCAUAUGUGGUCGAUGUCCUGGGCGCCCUCGGCUGGUACAUUCCGACAACCAUAUGCGGCUGCUGCGUUCUAGUAGCUGGUCUGCUGACGCUUACACUGCCCGAAACCGGCACGGACAAGCUCACCGACAAGGUGGAGGACGCACCAGCCAUAGAGAGUGCACCCGAAAAGCAGUAGCCCCUGCCGGUCCAUCUGCAGUUAGUUAAAUUAAUCUAAAUGAAACCUAUAGAUACCUAUACCUGUAUAACUGUACAUGUAUGUAUAUAUAUGUACUCAUACAUGUAUAUAUAUAUGCAUACUAUAUAUCUAUCUGCUUAUCGUACAAUUGUCAUACUACCAGUACUCUAGACCUAAGUUUUUUUUCUACGCGUAAUUGUUAUUUUUACUCUUUCUUGCAUUGUCACAUAUACAUAUGCAUAUGUAUGUGCAUCGUGUCGUGUCUGUGUAUUCGCGAAUGUUUUCUGUUUCGAUAUAGUAUAAUUAAUAAAUUAUAUGUAUAAUCGUUA